CACCCCAGAGAGGCACUGGCUGCCCUGUUUAAAGUGGGUCCUCCCAUCACCCGUCUUCACAGCAGACCGUUUACUUGGCUGUGUGCCCCUCCAGACCCACAGCCGUUACCUCCCCCUCCCCCAUCCUCUCGCCCUCUUCCAAAGGCUGAGCACACAGGAGGGACCGGGAAAUUUGUUGAACAGGGAAGUUACACAUAAGCCCUGAUCUGUCAGCAGGACUGUGAGAUGAACAAAACGUUCUGGAAAGUGUGAGGGGCAGAUGUGGAAGGAGUGAAAUCUUCCCAGAGAGAACGUCUCUGGGUCAGCCUGCUCCUGCUGGGCUGGGAGGGCCGAACACACCCCACCCAUCACCCCAGGCUGGCCCUGACCCCAGCCUUCCCUGUGCCCGCAGCACCGGCAGCUGCUGAAGGACAGCUUCAUGGUGGAGCUGGUGGAGGGGGCCUGCAAGCUGCGCCAUGUCUUCCUCUUCACCGACCUGCUUCUCUGCACCAAGCUCAAGAAACAGAGCGGAGGCAAAACCCAGCAGUACGACUGCAAAUGGUACCUUCCGCUCACGGACCUCAGCUUCCAGAUGGUGGACGAAUCGGAGGCAGUGCCCAACAUCCCCCUGGUGCCGGAUGAGGAGCUGGACGCUCUGAAGAUCAAGAUCUCCCAGAUCAAGAGUGACAUUCAGAGAGAGAAGAUGCAUGGCAGGGGCAGAGGGCGAACAAGGGCAGCAAGGCCACGGAGAGGCUGAAGAAGAAGCUGUCGGAGCAGGAGUCGCUGCUGCUGCUCAUGUCUCCCAGCAUGGCCUUCAGGGUGCACAGCCAUAACGGCAAGAGUUACACGUUCCUGAUCUCCUCUGACUAUGAGCGUGCAGAGUGGUGGGAGAACAUCCGGGAGCAGCAGAAGAAGUGU